AUGUUCAAGCUGUUCGUUUUCCUUGCCUUCUGCCUGGCUUUGAGCUGUGCCGCUCCCGGUCUGCUGCAUUCGUCGCCCAUCAUUACCAGCUCGUAUCACAGUCUGCCUUCAGUGCGAGUGAUCCAGCCCAUUUGGACCACCUCGCACAGCGUUGUGCAUCCCAUCAGCUAUGGAGGCUAUGGCCAUGGUCAUGGACAUGGAUAUGGCUGGAUCUAGGUGGAGCCAUCUCACAAAUAGGCGUCCUCAAGCAGUCGAUAGUUAACCUGUCGCCCACAGCUAUUCCCUGAAGUUUAGCCACCUCUUUGACGGACAUGCCUAAAAUAAAGUUCUGAAAUUGGUCUGGAA